AUGCCAAAUUCUUUCUCAUAAUGCUCUUUUUAAGAUUCUAAUGGCCCAUACAUUACCGCACUAACAGAUAAUCCAAAUUAUGGAAUUAUUAUACUUGACAAAGAUUCAGGCUAAAUCCUAAAUUCUUACUAUGAAUUUGACACUUCCACUAGCACUAUAAAAAGCUCUAAAGUACCGUUGGGUGUAAAAAUGUUAAGUAACAAUUAGGUGAUUUUUAUAUUGUAGGAUUCCUAUGCUGUUUUAAUUGGUUCUUUUAUUUACAGUAAGAAUUAACUAGCGAUAACUAGUACUUUCUACAGAUCUAAUGGAGAUUCUGCCAAUUAAUUCUAAGGGAAAAACCUAUUUGUUUACUAUGGAUCAAUUAGCUAUCUUUAUGUUGCAGGAAGCCUGUAAGGAAAUCUUGCAUUUUCUAAGCAUAAAUUGACUGAUGGGACAAAGGAUUACCUCUCCAAGGUAGCAAAUAGUAAUGGUCUUGCAAGUCAGACUUUUGGGGUUCUUAGUUAUUACUAAGACAAUUCUCUAUCAGCAGUCUAAUUGGUUGGAUGUGGAUAAAAUCUUGGAGCAGAUUCUAAUGAUUUAGCCUUACUAUAUUACUAAGAGAUUCUAGGUGGUACACUAUUAUUAAAGUCAUGGCUAAUGGACUUUACAUCAAAAUCAAAAUGCAUAGAUAUUAAGCUUGAUAGCACCAAAUCAACUUUCUUAAUAUUCUUAGAAAAUCAAGCGGUAUAUUCAGGUUCUGUUACUUUAAAUAGCAACACUAAUCCGAUAUCCUUGACUUAGAUAAGAUUUACUUCUUCAUUGACAUAAACCAUUUAUGUUAGAAGUGGCCACUUUACUGAUACUUCAUCAUAUUUUGUGGGAUCAACUUCUUAAAUUAAUAGCAUCUCCUACUCUAAACAAGUUGGGUUUAUUUCUUAGUUCACAUAAAUUAGCUGCCUAGAUUACAUUCCUACUACUUUAAAUUAGAAUGUGGAAAUUUAAACUUCUUUUUCUUAUUCUCUUAUAAAUGGAACACCUAAAAUAUAUAAUCCAGCCUUAGCUCUUUAUAUAUCUUCAACUCAAAGUAUAACUUUCAAAGCAGUUCAGGGGUUAAAAACUAUUAACAUCACUUAACUGAAUUCCUAAUAAUUGCCAGCUACUUGCUUAUAAAAAGAAUCUCUGGGUAUAAUAAUAGCUCCGGCAUUUUUAAACACCUAUCAAUACACUGUUAACAGCACUACUUUAAGAAUUAUCUUUAAUGAUUUCAGUUAUAGCAUCACAGGGUGUGUUGAUGAAACUUGGCUAUACUCAGCUAAACUCUUUGAUGGAUCAUCUCUUCCAGAUUUUGUCACUUUCACCAAGAAAAGCUAUGGCUAAGGCAGUUAUAUUGAAAUUUACACGUAAGAUAACUCUACAGCUGGUUCCCUUUAAAUAAAUUUAGAAGCUACAAUUUCAGGUAUCUUAUCAAAAUCUAUAAAUUUCAAGAUAGUUAUAAUUCCUCUUCCAUCACCACCUUAACUCCCAAUUAAUGAAACAGCUAAUCAAACUAAUUAAACUACUGAAAAUAAUUCUGCUUAAACAAAUAAUACAAAUUCAGAAGAUGCUACUAAUACCACUGACCCUGGAAUUAAUAAUACAGAUGGAGGAGCAAAUAAUACGAAUUUAACUGACAUUACAAAUAAUACCACACCCUAAUUAAACAACACUAAUUCUUCUGUUAAUUUAAAUAAUACAAAUACAACUACAGAUAACACCAGCUCAUCUUAUAACCAAACUUCAGCAAAUUAAACAGCCAAUAAUACCUCUUCAACAAAUUAUACUUAAACUAAUAGCACUGGCUAGAAUACUACUAACUCAACAUAAAAUUAAACUAUUGAUAACACCACUAAUUCUGGAGGUACUACCAUUUCAGAUCCAGGCUCGAAUUAGUCAGCAAACAUUACUCAAUAAUUACUAAAUUUAACUGAGAUUUGCCCAGAAUUAAGUGGAAGAACUGAUGUAAAUAUGAGAGGUCCACCAUUUUUCAUCACUGAUUUAAAUCAAAGCUAUAAAGUAUAAGUAGAGGAAAAUAUCACGAUUUAAUUUCCAUUAAUAUGCAAUCCUACAAACAAAAGUUACACACAAAAACUGUCCUAGCUAUUAAAUUCUAAGAUAUCCAGCUUUAUUUAACUAAAAAAUCAAUCUAUUUUUGCAUCACCCAAAUAAGCUGACUAUGGAAACUACAGUUUGAUUAUAAGCUUAGAUUUAGAUAACUAAACUUAAACAGCAAACAAUUAGUAUUUAGUCAUAUUAGAAGUUCUAAAGUAUCCAAGUUAUUGA